AUGAUGGCUGCUAAAGCCAUCCGUCCAGCUCGUCUGUUGAGCCGCACAGCACACAUUGUCCCUGGCCAGCUACGCGUUACAGAGCUGACCUUUGAGGUGCCCCUAAACCACUCCAACCUCUCUGCCGGAAGUCUCAAGCUCUUCGGCCGCCAAGUCACCAAACAUGAAACUCCCAUCGUGCCCCGCACCAACAGCGAGCAGGACGAGUACAACAGGAAGCCCUACCUCGUCUACCUCGAAGGCGGUCCCGGCUUCGGCAACAAAGAGCCCCAAGACCACAACCUGACCAAGACGGCCCUGGACAAGGGGUACACCCUCCUCCUCCUCGACUACCGCGGCACCGGCCUGAGCACGCCCAUCAACCAGCCCCAUCUAGCCACGCUGGGUGGCCCCCAGGAGCAGGCCGACUACCUCAAGCACUUCCGCGCCGACAGCAUCGUCCGCGACGCCGAGGCCGUGCGCCUCUGCCUGACUGCCGACUAUCCCGAGACUCACAAGAAAUGGUCCAUCUUCGGGCAGUCCUACGGCGGCUUCGUCGCGCUGACGUACCUCUCGCAAUUCCCGCAGGGGUUGCGCGAGGUGUUUCUGACGGGCGGGCUCGCGCCCGUCAAGCGCACGGCCGAGGAGGUGUACACGGCUUUAUACAAGAAGGUGGUCCAGCGCAACGAGGCCUACUACCGGAAGUUUCCCGAGGACGUGGAGCGGGUCCGGAAGGUAGCCAGGUACUUGAAGGAAAACCCCACUUCGCUGCCGGGCGGCGGCGAGCUCACCGUCGAGAGGCUCCUCGGCAUGGGUCUGUGUCUGGGCAUGAACGGCGGCCUGGACCUCAUUCACAGCACGAUCCUGAAGAUGGCCAUGGACAUCGAGCAGUUCGGCUUCAUCACGCGCGCGGCAGGCGCCAGCUUUGAAGGCUCGGUGCCCUUUGACACGGCGCCCAUCUACGCCAUCCUCCACGAGUCCAUCUACGUCAACGGCUCCGCUCACGGGGCAUCGAACUGGGCCGCUUACCGCGUUGGCAAGAAGCUUGCUGCGGAGUCCGAGCCGGGACUCAGCUGGCUGUCUUCUGCUGUUGUCAAUGACGACGAAGCCCUCUCCUCCGCGGACACCACCAAUGACAAACCGCUGUACUUCUCAGGCGAAAUGGUCUACCCCGCUCAUUUUUCCUGCUACCCGGAACUGAAAGACAUGAGGCAGACGGCCGAAAUCCUCGCCGCGUACGACCAGUGGCCGGAGCUCUACGACCUGGACCAGCUGGCACGGAACGAGGUGCCCGUUUACGCGGCCAGUUACGUCGAGGACAUGUAUGUCGAUGCGGACUUUGCGAGGGAGACGGCCAGGGCCGUCAAGGGGACCAAGGUGUUUGAGACGAAUGUCAUGUAUCAUGGUGCGCUGAGGGCCAAGACGGAGGAGGUUCUGGGGCAGCUGUUUAAGUUGAGGGAUGAUACUUUGGAUUAG